UUUAUUACACAAUAAUAUUCUGUGAAUAAUUUUAAUUAUGAUGGUUCCAUUGAGAAAAAGAUUAAUGAUAGUUUCGCUAUUUCGUUUUUAUUUCAUUGCUCAUAUGAAAUUAUCAUCUAGUUGAUCAAUAUUGAUGACGAAGGAACUUUUAAGUUUACAUUUUGAUAUGAAAUGAAACAUUGUGAGUAAAAAAGUAACAAAUUUCAUCAAAGUGUUAAUAUUAAUCUGUUACUCAGAGUUGCCAAAAUGAUUAUAUCAAAAGCUAAACACAUUCACGCUGUAAAUCAAUCAAUAUAUUCAAAGAAAAUUAAGGUUCCAAAAAGAAAAUAUAUUUUACCGAAAAUUAUUCGUGUUUUUGGACUCUCAUUGGCAAUGAUAAUUUUUUCGUACCAGACGUUCUUACUAUACAGUCAAUAUGCUACAAACAAAAUCAAGAUUGAAUUAGGUUCCCGAAGAGUGGGUGAAAUUCAAACUCCCAACUUCUCUUUUUGCUUUAAGCUUUUUCCCGAUUCCAAUGAGCAAGUCUCAACUCGGUCCUCGACGGCACAAUACUCGAGUUGGAGGAUUCAAGAUAUUGUCCGUGAUGUGAAAGAUAAAAGCGAUACAGCAACAACUUCACAGCUUCUUCAUUCAGCUGGUUCACUUUCAUCGAUUAUCAGUAAAUGUUACAUUCGAUUGUCAAAUUUGACAGUCACUGAAUGUUCACGCUUCAGUUGGGCUAAAUCAAUUUUGUCUAAAAAACUGUGCAUGACUCUUGAAUACAAUGAAAUUUUCGAUCAAAAAGAUGUCAUUCUUGAAGCUUUUGAUGACUCUCCAUUGGUUUUCGUUAGAUUCAACCUGACUUCGUUUAAAAUGCACAAUGAGUUUGUCAUGGUUGCUCAUGAAUCAACGAGUGUUCCCUGGUUUCCAGAUCCAAACUUUUUCUACAUCAACAUCAAGAAAAAUUACAACCUUUAUUCUUUUUCCUUCUCCAAAGUUAUUGUGCAAAACUUGCCGAAACCUUAUCACGACAAUUGUCGCGUUCGACCAGGCAACUUCGAUGAUGUCAGUCAGUGCUAUGACAAUUGUUUGGUCAAACAGUUUACUAAGAUUGUUGGUGCUUAUCCUCGUGAAUAUACAGUGAAAAAUGGAGACAACUUUAAGUUGAUCGCAAAUUAUACCCAAGAAGUAAAGUACAACGAUCUGUCGUACCAAUUGUAUCGAUCAUGUCUACCUUUAUGCGGACACACUGAUUGCAUUCUCACCAAAUAUCGAUUGAAUCAACGCAAAGAAUAUCAUUUGGAUUCAUCUUCAGAUAAAACAUUGGACAUUCAAGUUUAUCCAUCGCCAUUAAUUGUUGUGAUCAAAUAUCGCAAACCAGUUAUUUCAGAUUCCAAUUUCAUCUCAUCAUUAGGAGGCUUGAUUGGAUUAUGGUUUGGAGUAUCAUUUUGUUCCUUAUUCAAUUCCAUGUCAAACAUUUGUAACAAGAUGAUCCGAUCAAGAAACAAGGUUGAACCAGCACUCAUUGCCAGAAAACAAAGGGUCAAGCGAAACCGAACUGUCAACAAAUUUGAGCCACUUGGAUCGUUUCCAAAAAAACAUUAUCUUGCACUUGUUGGUGAGAUGAGUUCAAAUAGAACCCGAUUUCAGUUAAAUUCAGGUUCAAGAAUAAAUUUUCACGAUCAAGUUGAUAAACAUUGAUCUUUUGUAGCACCUAAUUAAGA